GGACGGUAUUCUAAAGAAGAGUCUUCGUUUUGAAAAAGAGGAAAUACUUAUUAUAUACAAUGACAUAUUUUUAUUCAGAGUCGAACAAAUUGUAAAACAGACACCAUUUAGCAAAAAGGGGUUCGUGCCAUACAUGAGGAAUGUCAAUGAACAAUUUAUGAUCUCCGAGAAUUUUUUCAAAUCUCGGCGAUGGAUUCUACGUAUCAACUUAUCCGUGGAAUUAAGCUCGGAUGGCGGAGCAGCAAUGUUGAGCACACGGAUCCCAAAAAAGCAACAGACGGAACACAAGUAUAAGAAAACGGCACACAAAUAUCCUACUAUGCUGAAACAGCCCCCGAUGACCCAGCGAUUGUAAUAUCA